GGGGACCUUUUUUUUGUAGAGGCUCAUGCGCGUCGCUUCGGCGACCUCUAAACGUGUCGGGGUUCCCUCCCUCCAAGCAACUAAACCAAGUUCCUUUAAGCGCACUUUCUUUAACUUGCGUCGGCAGUUGUACAGACCGAUACGGCAAGAGCUUCGUGUUCACGCACUUCAUGCGGAUGUCGGCUUAAGAAGUGAGUUGACUGUGGACCUCGGUGAUCGUUCCUACCCUAUACACGUUGGUUCGGGUCUCCUUGACGACGGCGCUCUUCUUCGCGAGCAUGUUUACGGGGACACUGCAUUAGUUGUCACUAAUGAGACUGUUGCACCUCUUUAUCUUGAUCGCGUAGUCAGCGCGCUUUCAAGUGGUAGUGCAAUUCGCGUUGAGACUGUCAUUCUGCCUGAUGGCGAAGAAUAUAAAACUUUGGAGGUGCUAACGAUGAUUUACGAUAAAGCUUUGCAUGCUAAGCUAGAUCGUCUCACGACAUUUGUUGCCCUUGGCGGUGGUGUCAUCGGUGAUAUGACUGGAUUUGCUGCUGCCUCUUAUCAACGUGGUGUGAACUUCUUGCAAAUACCGACAACAGUCAUGGCAAUGGUCGACUCUUCUGUGGGUGGUAAGACAGGUGUCAACCAUCCUGCAGGCAAGAACAUGAUUGGUGCGUUCCAUCAGCCCUCUAGUGUAAUCAUCGAUACGCAGACUCUCAAAACUCUUCCCGACAGAGAGUACGCAUCAGGUAUUGCAGAGGUGAUUAAAUAUGGACUUAUAAGGGACGCUGAGUUCUUUUGUUGGCAAGAAUCUCACAUGGAUAACCUCAUGAUACGUGACGAGAGGACACUCAUCCAUGCAAUCGAGCAUUCUUGCAGAAAUAAAGCAGAAGUUGUUUCCCUUGACGAAAAGGAAGGCGGGUUACGGGCGACUUUAAACCUGGGGCACACUUUCGCUCACGCCAUUGAGACUUCAAUUGGAUAUGGCGAGUGGCUUCAUGGUGAAGCAGUUUCAGUUGGAAUCGUCAUGGCAGCAGACUUAUCGGUUCGCUUAGGAUGGCUGGAUUGCUCCAUUAAAGAUAGAAUCAGCUCGUUACUAAAUAGUUGUAGUCUCCCAGUGAAGGUUCCGAAGUGCAUGUCAGUAGAGAAAUUUCAGGCUCUCAUGGCCCUGGACAAAAAAAACGCCAAUGGAAAGCUUCGACUAAUUCUCCUAAAAGGUGAACUCGGAGAAUGCAUAUUUACCGGGGAUUUUGACUCGAAAAUGCUUUACAAAACCCUUCAAGUUAUGUGCGACGAAAAAUCUGACUAGGUCUUCAACUCGCGACUGAUGCCUAGUCUGGUCUGGCGGAAUGACAAGUUCUUUGAAAAAGGCAAUGUGUAUGGCCAUAUACGUAUACUUAUUUCACUUUUUUUUUGCCUUCUCUCACUCCUUCUUCAGUGUUGCCAUCUCAUAGGGCUACUACUUUUACACUGUUGUAGUACUUUGAAAGUUCUCCCUGUUUCCUCCUAUGAGUACAACGUUCUAGCUAGGCCCUGCAACGUUGUACUUUAUCUUCGUAGGACUAUUCAGAAGAUUUUCGGUUUCUCGUCUACCUUCGUACUUCCCGAACUACGAUUCUCCAUCAAUGCGCAUAGUCAGAGUACAACUACUCAGAUGCCAUGUGGAAAAACUCCGGCUGCUACCUUCGAAGGUAAUCUGACUAGCUACCUUUAGCUACUCGAAGGUAUUCUAUACUUCUGCAGCUAUUCUAGCACUACAAACUUGUACUUCCGGGAGUACCUUUUUGUAAACGACGUCUCGCUAUCAUAAUUCCUUCGAGAUAUUAUUUAAUAAAUUUAGUCUUGUACAGUACAGUAUUAUUAGCCCUAUUAUCAUACUCGUACUUCCGUGGAAAUAAAUAAAGUUGUUGAAGAACGCACUACCGGAAGUACCGAGUUCGGAAGUACUUUCGUAUUUUCUAUGCAAUAGCCCUUGUAUCCUUAGUUCCGUAUCUUCGUAGAAUAUCUAUCUAGCUAGAAUAUAUGUAGGCCCUACAACGUUGUAGAGAACAACGUCGAUAAGUUACAU